CCCCAGCUUGAGGCGCCUGGGACGAAGACAAACCUGCUGCACAAUUUUUCAUAAAAAAUAAAUUUUUUUGUCCUUUUCAGUCAUUUAUUUUACAACUUAAAUUCACCAGUCAAUAAAUAACAAUGGAGUCCCCAACCCCGUCGCAUGGCAUCAUUCCAGCAAAGAAGUUGAAAAUUUGGAAUGUUUUUAGCGACAUGGGCAACGGGGAUGUAUUAAAGGUUGCGAAGUUAGCACACGCCCACGGAACAGAUGGGUACAUCGUCACCAUGAGGGACCAGACUUAUCAUUUUGACCGUCACGAAUGUUGGGCAGGAAUGUGCCUAAUUUCGGAGUUGUGUGACAUCCGAGUGAAAGAAUUUGUUAUUGGAGCGAUUGGCCUGGCCUUAACGGAGGACGGGCGACUCUACUCGUGGCGCAUGGCCAACAGCACCGUUUCCCCCAUUGCUGAAGCUGGCAGUUUGACCGGAGAGAAAGUAAUUCAAGUGGCAUCAUCGUCAUCAAAAGAGCGUCUCCUAGCAUUAACUUUGGGUGGCCGUGUUCAUCACUGGGUUUGGAAAACCGCACCAUCUUUGAUUCCAGGGGAGAAAUUUGGUGACCAGAAGGUUAUCCCCGUGGCGUGUAAUAAUUAUAUGAACGUCGCCUUAACUGAGGAUGGAGAGCUAUAUGAAUGGAAAUGGGGAAGCGAGCCACAAACAUCAGCUCUAAGUACCUCCUCACCAAUUAAAACGAUUACAUCAACCAAAAGUACCAUUAUCGCCUUGACUGUUGAUGGGACGAUUCACUCGGGGGCCUUGUCGGAAAAUCGCUGGAAGGGGGAUCCAGUAUGGUCAACACUUUCAGAUUACACAAACGUCCAGGAUAUCGCAACCUCUGUGACGGAGGACGUUAGCGUUGUCGAGUUCAAGGAUGGCAACCGUUCUGGGUGUUACGUUUUUUAAAAUCCGGUUCCUUGGUGUGCCCCAUUUUUUACAAAAUCUGCUUCGUUGGACGAGUGCUUUGCUGAAAUUUGUCAGAAAAGCUACCGAACUGUGAGGGUCGCACAUGAAUCUGCACCAAACAAAGUGAGCGACGAUAUUUCCAACUUAUGGAGCACCAAG